UUGGACCUGGCCCGAUCGACCGCCCCAACAAAUACCCCAGCCCGGCGCGCAACGGUCGACCGAACCCGCACGCUCUGGAGACCGACCGACACCGGGUGCAUGCGCCCACGACGUGCGCCACCGUCUUCCUUCCCGCGCGGCGCCUUCCCCAUAAUUCCCCUUCCAUCCUCGACACGAGAGUCAAACGGAAUCCACAGCCCGGAGCGAGCCAGCGUGCGCCAGAGGUCCAGAGCCCCGCCAUGGCGCUGCGCGACGGCGCCGUGGACCUGUGGGCGAUGGCCGCGGAGCUGGAGCGCCAGUUCGCCGGCUACAAGCAGCGCCUGCAGGCCUCCUCCGGGAGGAUGAUCAGCGGGCUCGCCGUCGACGACGACGACGACGCACGCGUCCUCGUCCUCGCCGCCCCCGGCGCCGACGCGAACGGCGGCGUCGAGGAGGAGGAGGCGGCGGUGGGGGGCGUGCGGGGGAGGAUGUACGAGGCGUACACGCGGCGGAGGGACGAGCGGCUGCGGUCCGUGUGGCGCGCGCGCAUGGAGCGCAAGGAGGCCGAGGUCAUGGCGCUCUGGGCGCAGCUCGGGCGCGGCGCCGCCGGCGCCCCGGCCGCCGCGGAGGAGGCCAACGCCGCCGGAGAGCAGGAAGCCGAAGCCGAGGACGGCGGCGAGAGGAGAAGGAGCUCGGACGUGGCUGCUCCGGGCAUGGUUUCCGGCAAGAAACACCCGCGCACCAGGAGGAGCUUCUCGUCGGCCAACCUGGUCAAAAGCACCCUCCCUGACGUCGGCAUACGGCGCGCGCUCUCGCAGGAACCACCCGAGCCACCGGCAGGCACCGACGAUGGCGCCGGCAGGAAGCACGGUCACCGAGCCCGGCCAGUGACUGGCGCAGCGCCGAAGCGCAAGGCAUUGUCGGGGAGCAAGGGCGCCUCGGUAAAGGGGCACGGCUCACUCAGGCAGGCUGGCCCGAAGCCUUCGAAGCCGAAGCCGCCGCGCAGCUUCCUCCGGCCGCCCUGCUCCGGCGGCAUGGAGGGUGUCAGGGAGGCAGUGCUGCCACAGAACGCGAACGUGGCUGCACCGAUGGGCGAGAAGGGUGCUGCUCCCGACAAUGAUGAAGCUCAGAAGGCUUCUUCUUCCCCAAGACCAUUCUUCGCGAGUGACAAUGGCACUGCAGGCACCGUAAAUGCGCGAGCCGCCUCGCCGGCAUCAGAUGGCGGCGAGGUAGUGGACACUGCAGCUCCAGCAGCUGACGGCGACGAACCUGCAGCGAAGAAUGGAGUGAUCACCAGCGACCCGGAGAGACGCGGUGCCCAGGAGGAGAUCGUGGCGCAGUCGCUGGAGGCGAAGCUCGGGAACGGAGAGGUCACCAGCGACUCGGAGACCGAGCCAAGCUACGUCUACAUCAAGAAGAAGGCCGUCGUCGAGGAAGAGGAAGCCACGAGGCUCUCUGACGCAUUGGCUGGACGAGGAUCCGAAGAACCGCAUAUCCAGGUCAGGAAUGGAACGGACGAUGCAGACGAGGCGCCGACGGCGGCGAAUGCCGAAGAAGGGCCGGCGAGGGGAAUCUCGGUCGAGGUGUUCUCCUUGUCAGGCCGGGGCUCAGCUCCCAGCAGCCCGCCCUCCUGUAGCAUCCGGGCCCAGUCCAUCGAGAGGCUGCUCGUGGAGGACGCCGCGCUGAUGCGGAAGAGACGAGAAGACCAGAGCCCCACAGGAGGGAGGAGCGUCCCGGCGGUGUCGACGCCGGGCAGCGCGGGGAGAAGGGCCUACGGCGCGGCGCCGACGACGUCGCCGAGAGGGACGGCGAUGGGGUUCAAGAAGAGGUUCCUGAGCUUCGGCAAGAAGAACAGAUGCAGGGAGGGCGCUACCACCGUCAUCGACUGCACCUCGCCGACAGUCGACGACGAUGACGGCGUGAGCGAGCAGUGGAGGACGGCCGCCGACUCGAUCAGGCCCAGGGUGGUGGGCUCCUCCUCGGACGCUGCCUCCGACGACACGGAUCGAUAUGCCGCCUCGCCACAGGCAUGCUAUCUGCAGAGCCUCGUGGCUGCUGCUUCUCCUGCAAAGUCCGAGCUGAGUGAGAUAGUUCCACCGGAGAAAUCACCAAAAGCUCAGCGUUCGUUCUUCUCGCUCCGGUCCUUCAACUGUGGCAGGAGCUAGCUUGAUUGACAGGGUUUACCGUAUAGCCGCCACUGUAAAUUCUAGGAAAUUGAUGAAGUUGGAAAGAAAUACCUAUAUAGCUGGGUUGGCUGCCUAAAAUGUUCUGAACUUUGUGCUUCAGGAGUUGAUUGUUUUCAAGAGCACAUGUGCAAUAUGUUGCUGUUCGCUGAUCUGUGUAGUGUCAAACACAUUCUUUUAACCUGGUGAAACAAAGUGUAUGUAGAUCUUGUUGUGCUGAAAGUAUAUAUGUAGAUCACUCGUUCA